AUGUUGAUUUGUGGAAUUUCAACAGAUGAUGUAUCGAAUCAGGUGAACGAGAACUCAGACUCCAUGGAUGAAAACAGUAUGUCCCAUGAAAUCCUCCAAGUUUCUCCGGAUAAGGGCAACACACUUCCCAUAUUGAAGAAAAUACUUGAUCUCAGCAAUAAAAUUCGGGAUUUGAAGAUGCAGCAUGUAGCAUUGUCUGAUGAAGUGAAACAAACUACUGAAUCUUUUCCGGGCAAUGAUGUUUUGAAAUCUGUGCAGCUUCUCGGUGCUGAAUACGAACUCUUAAAAAGAAAGUACCUGUACCAGUCAUCUGAGCUUAGGCGGCUUUACAAUAAAGUAAUUGAACUCAAGGGGAAUAUCAGAGUUUUCUGCAGAUGCAGACCAUUAAAUGAGAGUGGGUCAGCAUCUGUAAUCAAUUUUGAUUCGUCUUCGGAUAAUGAGCUUCAAGUCAUUUGUACAGAUUCUUCUAAAAAGCAAUAUAAAUUUGAUCAUGUAUUCAGCCCAGAAGAUAAUCAAGAGGCUGUUUUUCAACAGACCAAACCCAUUGCUACAUCAGUAUUGGAUGGGUAUAAUGUCUGCAUUUUUGCCUACGGGCAAACUGGAACUGGGAAAACAUUUACGAUGGAAGGAACACCAGAACAGAGGGGAGUUAACUACAGAACCCUGGAAGAAUUAUUUCGGAUAACUGAAAAGAGACAUGGCACAAUGAAGUAUGAGUUGUCAGUUAGCAUGCUGGAGGUAUACAAUGAGAAGAUAAGAGAUUUGUUGGUGGAAAAUUCCACUCAACCUACAAAAAAAUGA